AUGGAGGCGCUGGUCAACACUGUGCUGCUGGCUGCACACCCGAGCCUUCGCGAGCGCUGCAACGCCGCAAAGGUCGUGUCGGUCCUCGAGGAGCUCGGGGCGUACGACUCGUCCGCACUGCGGUCACUCCUCUCGUCGUUCACCGACACCGUCGCACACAAGCUGAAGGAGGAGGAAGCAGCACCGCCAGCUCUGGUCGCCGCGCUGGCGACGCAUGUCGACUCGGGCAGCCUAUCAGAGCCUCAGAACAUCGGCGGCGCGAUGGACGCGACAGCUGCAACCUCCUCCUCGAGCAGCGCCGCCGCUGCUGUCACCCCGAGGACGGUGAAGGCGAAGGCCGGCGGCGGCAAUGUGCAUGCACAUGUUUCGACUAAGGUAAGGUAA